CGAACACCGAGCUGAUCCGCGGACAGAGACCGUUCAGAAAACCCGGUUAACGGUGAGUCCUCCGUCCAGGGGUGAGCUAACAGGAUGCUGAGGUUUCGGGAGGUGGAGUCAGGCCAGGCUCCGCCCCCUGGCAGCGGCGGUCUGGUUGCUAGGCGAUACAGCAUCCUGCAGAGUCUGGGCCGGGGAAGUUUUGGUUCGGUUUAUCUGGUUCAGGACAGCAAAGCUUCAGAUGGAGAAGAGCUGAAGGUGUUGAAGCAGAUUCCUCUGGGCGACCUUCGACCCGACGAGACGGUCCGAGCUACGCAGGAAGCCCACCUGCUGUCUCAGCUGCACCACCCGGCCAUCCUCGCCUUCUAUCACAGCUUCCUGGAGAGAGACGCCUUCUGCAUCGUCACGGAGUUCUGCCAGGAUCGGGAUCUGGACUGUAAGCUGGAGGAGGUGAGACAGGCCGGGCAGAGCCUGCCUGAACUCCAGGUCAUCGAUUGGCUCGUCCAGCUGUUGCUCGGCCUUCACUACAUGCACGACAGGCGAAUCCUCCACCGAGAUCUGAAGGCCAAGAACGUCUUCCUGAAACGAAACCUUGUUAAAAUUGGUGAUUUUGGCGUUUCCUGCCUGCUGAUGGGAUCAUGUGACCUGGCCACCACCUUCACUGGGACUCCGUGCUACAUGAGCCCAGAGGUGCUGAACCACCAGGGCUACGACUCCAAGUCUGACGUUUGGGCUCUGGGCUGCCUCCUCUAUGAGAUGUGCUCCCUGACUCACGCCUUCCAGGGUCCAAACUUCCUGUCUGUGGUGAUGAAGAUCGUGGAGGGAGAGACCCCGACGCUGCCCGCCGGAUACUCUCAGGAUCUGAACUCUGUCUUGCUGAGGAUGCUGCAGAAACCACCAGCAUCCAGACCGUCAGCUGUCCAGCUUCUGAAGACCAGGUUCCUGGAGGAGCACAUGAAGAAAAUGAAGACGAGGCUCGUCUUCGUGCCGUCAGACGGAAAGAAAGACGCUGAACUCAUCGCCAGGAACAUGCAGAAGAAGGUUCACCUGCAGACACUGAUGGAGAAGUCAGAGGUGGAGAAGAUGACCCCCAGAGAGAGAAUGAGGCUCCGCAAACUGCAGGCUGCUGACGACAAGGCCGGGAGACUCAGGAAACUGGCUGAGGAGAAAUACGAGGAGAUCCACGCCCGCAGGAGGACGCUGAGGAGCCGCCAUUUUGAAAACGUCAGCUUGAAUGUUCUGAACCAUCAGGAGGACGGAGCCCGUCAGAGUCUGCCAAUCAGCAUCCAGGAUCACCGGUCGCCAGGAGGGGCGCAGCCAAUCCAGAAGCAGCACGACGGCAAGACGUCAGAGCCGGAGUCAGAGCUGCACGAUAUCCCAGAGGACCCUCAGGCUGCAGAGGUUUAUUACAACCAGGAUGGAUUUGAUUCCUGUUCAGAGGACGAAGACACGGAAACACCUCCAGAGACACUUUACCUGUCUGACCCACAGGUCAGUGAGCUGGAGGCCAUGAUGAAGCACAUGCAGGAAGUUCUGGAGGAGGACCUGAGCGGAGAACCGGCAGAGCCCGAGGCCCCUCGGAGCAUUCGGGGGCCCCCAGUGAUCAACGGCGGCCUGCUGGAGACCAGGAUCCAACACCUGAGAGAGUCCGUCUGCAGCCGUCUGGGUUCAGACGUCUUCCAGAAACUGUACGAGAACCUGAAGGAGGCCAGGCGGCGACGGCCGGAGGGCGACGACGCCGUCGCGGAGGCUCUGAGACGCCUGGAGGACAAACCUGACGACGGUUUCCAGGUGGACCAGCUGCUGUUCUACGAAGAUGAGCUGCAGAGAGUGAGACAGCUGCAGGGGAGGACAGACGGUCUGUCUGACUGACUGUCUGUCUGUCUCUGAUGAUCGGCUCAGCCGCAGAAACCAGAGCGAGACGAAUCUGAGGAGGAA